UUCAGGAAACCAGGUUAAUGGUGAUAUGGAGUACUACUUCCAAGAUGGAGACACCAAAACACCAGCAGCCUUCCUGAAUGAGCUUACACCUGUAUUGGGGAAUGUCCUGAUACGUAUUCGUCUAGUUUUUAAGAACUUGACCAGAGUACCUAGUGAGGCUGAUGUUCUCAAUGCUGCUAAUGCUCUGCUGGACUCAAAGAUCAGAAGAAGACGAUCACUUGUAAUACAAACACUGAGUAAUCCUGUGAGCAUACAGAAUGCCAUCUAUGAAAAAAUUGGCAACAACUCCUACAUUAUAAGCUUAGUAUUUCAAAUCACCAAUGUGACCAUCUCAAAGGACCUUCAGCUGAGGAACGGAACAUAUGAUUUAAUACAAAAUACCAUCAACAGCCUGCUGAACACUAUUCUGAAUGUGAAAGAUGCUCCUGCGUUUGUCCUUCCACAAGCAAACUACACGUUUAAUGGUACAGCAAUUGAGGCUAAUUCUGAAUACAUCUUUGUGGAAGGUGACACCAAGUGGACACCAAGUGGAUUUCUUUCUGCAAUACUGAACAUUAGUGGAUUGUCGACCUUCACCACUCCUGCUGUGGUUCAGACCAGGAUGCUCUUCAAUUCCUCCUGUCCUGUUCCCAGUGAGAGUUUGGUCCUCAGAGCAAUUCAGACUCUUCACAGUGCUCGACUCACAAACCUCUCUGACUCUGUAAACGGGCUGAACUUCACCUAUGAGAAAAUUUCAGACACCUCCUAUGCAGUCAGCUUCACAUUUAGCAUGAGUAACAUCAACAUGUCUAAGAACGCUGACCUCAGGGACGACACAUAUGACCAAGUGGAGAACAUCAUCAAUAACGCUCUAAACACACUUCUAAAUGACGCUGCUGCAGAACCAUUCAAACCCCAGAGCACUUUCUUCACGAGUUCAGGAAACCAGGUUAAUGGUGAUAUGGAGUACUACUUCCAAGAUGGAGACACCAAAACACCAGCAGCCUUCCUGAAUGAGCUUACACCUGUAUUUGGGAAUGUCCUGAUACGUAUUCGUCUAGUUUUUAAGAACUUGACCAGAGUACCUAGUGAGGCUGAUGUUCUCAAUGCUGCUAAUGCUCUGUUGGACUCAAGGAUCAGAAGAGCACAAUGUCUUAUCACAGCAAACCAGCAACUCCAUUUCCAGGAAUGCACCGCCAACUAG